AUGUCGUCAUAUUCUCCGGUGGUAUCAGGAUCACCGCAAAUUCAGGCAGAUCCUAUAUCAGCGUCCUCUACUUCAGCAAUCACCAGCUUGUCUGGUGGAUCUAUUGCGCAACAGGAGGAAGUCGCCGAAAGUAAUGCUAGGACUGGCGAAUCAAUUAUUCACCGUGAAUCAAACGUAUCCUUAUCAAGACUGAUACCUCUUGAAGAAAUAGCAGACAAAAGAUGUUGGAUCUGUUUCGGUGAGGAAGACGACAGUACUGGGAAGUGGGUACGCCCAUGUAAAUGCUCUCUAAUCUGCCAUGAGGAAUGUUUGCUAAACUGGAUCGCAGAGACUCAAAAAGGCACCGCUCUCAAAAAAGUGCGAUGCCCUCAAUGCAAGACACCGUACCAACUGAACGAGACCAAGUCUUUAAUUUUACAAUUGUUAUCUAUUAUUGAUGCAACUAUUCAAAGCUCUAUCCCAUACGUUACAGUACUUGGGGUGACUUUCGGUGUGGCAAUUACUCAGUUUCAUUACGGUGCGUACGCACUGCUUACGGUAGUUGGUCUAGAAGAAGGUGGACGAAUAUUGCGUGGACCGUGGUCCUGGCGUAUGAUACUUAAUCUCCCUCUCAUACCUGCAUUUUUAAUAUGUUCGAGAAUACCAUCUUUGAAUAAUUACAUGUUAUUGAGUCCUAUCCUCUACUUAAAAUGGAAUCAGUUACGUAUCUCUUUGCCACCACAUCCGACUGUCACGCUGGCCAUAUUGCCGACCGCUAGCUAUGUAUAUAAUAGACUAUAUUUCCAGCUCUUUGGAAAGAUGGAAGUAUCAUGGCAGACUCAAGUAGAACCCUAUGCAGUCGCAACGAUUGAUGGUGGGAAUGGGGAUAAUGCUAAUGAGCGAGCACGUAAUGAUCGAGAUCUCAUAAAUAGAGUUGAGAGAAGAGAUUAUGGUCGACUUAUUGUGGGAGCUCUAUGUCUUCCUUGCCGCUUUAAUGUUGUUAAAUCACGGAUACCGGACCAUUUCCAUCGUAGUAUCAUUGGUGGAUGUUUGUUGAUAGUUUUUAAGGAUGCUGUAAACCUUACUCUCAAGUAUCAGAAAGCGAAGAACCGAAGAUCGCGUCACGUUAGGAAUUAUGAUGAAUUUGCCCGUGAAUUUGAACCUAGGGGGCGGCGCGCAUAA